AGGACCCUCUACUGCGCGAAGUGUACCGCUACGUCCAAUCGGGUUGGCCAGGCAAGGUCAGUUAUGGUGCGGAAUUGGCCCAAUUCCACAACAGAAGGGAAGCACUGACGACCGUUGGCGACUGUAUCCUCUUCGGAGAGAGGAUUGUGAUUCCCGCAGCUUUGCAGCAGAGAUGCCUUAGACAGCUUCAUCAAGGGCAUCCGGGCAUCCAGCGAAUGAAGGCGAUUGCGCGCAGUUUCGUGUAUUGGCCAUCAUUGGACAGCGACAUCGCCGAUCGAGUUGCUUCAUGCGAAGCAUGCCAGGCUGCGGCGAAAUCACCACCAUCCCAGAUACCAUCAUGUUGGCCGAAGCCACCUGGGCCUUGGCACCGCGUACACAUCGAUUACGCUGGACCUGUGGAGGGAGCCUAUUUCCUGAUUGCGGUAGAUGCCUACUCCAAGUGGCCGGAAAUCAUUAAAACUUCCAACGGCCAGGCAGAGCGAUUUGUGGAUACCUUCAAGCGAUCACUGAAGAAAAUACGGGCGAGGAACGUGUCCCUUGAAGAGGCCCUGGACUUGUUUCUUCUCACGUAUCGCUCAACACCAAAUCCUGCUUUGGACCAGCGCACACCAGCCGAAGUGAUGUUUGGAAGAACGACCAGGACAAUUCAUCAUCUAUUGCGCCCUCCUGCAGCAUCGGAGUCUACAGCGAAGGAUGACUUUCGUGAAUACCAGCCUGGUGAUUUAGUGUAUGCCAAGGUGUAUCGGGCAAACUCUUGGAAUUGGAUAGCAGGGAGGAUUGCUCGCAGAAUUGGCAACGUCAUGUACGAGGUUGUGUCGCACGACCAGAGAAGACUUCGGCGUCAUGUGAAUCAGCUCCGCCGCCGUGUCGCUAGCUCAUCAGAACGGAACGAGAUGGAUCAGCACCAAUUUCCCCUUAGUUUACUUUUAGAUGAGAUGAGUUUGACGUCUCGUCAGCAGUCGCCGUCCGCUUCGCUGCCAACGGAGCCAGCCUCAUCUUCAGCAGCACCGGCGCUGACAGGGGUUCAGCGAGCACCGGCAUCAUCGCCAGCAUCAUCCGUGCAACCGGAGGUACAACGAGCGGCUUCGUCUAGUGGCAGCAGCAACACCCAGCAGACACAGCUACCACGACGAUCUUCUAGGACUAGAAGACUGCCUCGUAGGUUCAGCGCGUAUCGGCUGAAUUAAAAGGGGGAGGUGUUGAGUGUAUACUCGACCAAGCAGCGGAGGCCCGGACCGUAACGCCGUUACUCGGUCCUGUCAACGGAUGACAGCGAUCGACGUGCCAUGCGGUUCAUCCUUCGUGUUCGGGCUUCGGGACCGAUCGGCCUCUUUCUUGAUCCAGCCGCUGCCGAGACAGGACGCGUUAGACGAGCGAAGUUUUAGCCUGUGUGUGUGUGCGUGUGUAAUAAGUGUAAUAAGUGUAAUGUAAUAAAUAAGUUUUAAUUUGUUGUAAAACCGCAA